AAUGUCUCCUUCUAUUCACCGCAAAUACAAAUAUUUUCACUCUACUGUACAGUUAUCUGAGGACAGACGGCGAAAGUUUUAUUUUUGCCAUCUGCCGUUUGACGUAACGCCACGCUAAAUCUCUCAGAGCCAUUUACACACAACAAUAUGACUUCAAAAAGGAAAAGAGUAAGACCUAACCUGCAUACAUGGAAAUGUAAAACAAAAGAAAUUGUAAACGUUUACAACCGGCAAGCUAGGAACAUUUUAAGAACGUAUUAGACUCAAAAAAUCAGGAUCUAAAAGUUAUAAUGGUUCCCGUGUCCAAGGUAACGCAACGCACCAAGGGAAUCGUUAAGAUGAGCUCCCGCCUAUAACAGAUAAAUUGGAUAUACCAAAUAACCAUGUUUUUCAGGCAAUGGAUUUGCAUUUUAACCAUUCUGCCACGUUUCGUUACAUGAUAUAACCAUUUGAGACUAAACUUUACCCUUAAUUCUUGUGCUGUUAAGAAGUCGAUUUUCGGCAGUUUCAUGGCUCGGCGUAAGAGCAAGCUAUAGCGUGAUUAUAAAACACGUUUCAUUCUUUUUUUAACCACAUGUAGUUCAGCACAGACUAUGAUCUGUGCAAGCAGAAUGACUGAUGCCCAAAUUUUACGAAAGAUACUGACGGAUAAACAACGCAGAUGUCGAAUUCAUCACUCAGCCUGAAGAAUAUAAUCCGAACAUACGCCCUCGCAUUCGAUUAUUUCAUAAACAAUGGAAUUGAGUGGUGAAUGGGAGUUGGGAAAUACAAAUGGGAUUUCGAUGACAAAUAUCACCUUUGUCGUUGCGUUUUCGCGACCGACAGAAAUUUUCAAAAGAACAUUUCAUGCAACAUUCAGACAGCUCCAUCCUGUUUCGUUGGAAAGGUCGAGGGACGGGCUUAUGUUAAAACUUGCGCAUGCCCCGGGGCUUUGAAAUCAUCCUAGUUUAAUCGAAUAUUUCUGUGUAGAUAACCAUUAAAUACGGACAAUUGUCUUCACAAAAGUUCGCUCAGCAGUCCAUUAAGAUAAGAUUAGAUAUGUUAAGAUAAGAAUCUUUUGCGUCGUUUAUUUUUGUUCAAUAUUGUCAGGCAAUGCAUGAAGCGUGCCCGAGUAGUCAGCGCGUCGGACGCGCAAUCCAGAGGUCCCGGGUUCGAGUUCCGCUCUGACCACCACCUGGAUUUGUUUUACGGUAGCCCCGAGUUCAAAUCCACAGCCACGCUUGUAAAUAGCUAACUGGUUUGCCUCCGGCCAGUUGGGAUUCUUAACAAUGUUGAGCCCUAUUUGUUCAGUUGUUUGCUUGGUCCCUCAAGCCUUUGUGCUUUAAACAUUGCCGAGGGUAAAUAAAGGUAUUUAAAUAAUUUUAAUUAUUUAUUUUAUUUAUGGACAAACGUAAUUUAAAUAACAAUUUCGCCACGUCUGGUUAUAUGAUAUAACUGCUAAAUGGAACUUAGUAAAAGGGAAAAGACAAAAGCCAAAGUUAUUUUGAAUAAACGUCUGUACUAGCAAGACUGUUUAACGGACAGCCGUCAGAAGCGAGUUAAAAUGAUGAUUUUAAAAUCGGCCUUUCUCUUGUUGGCAUUCCUCUUUUCUCUAAGCUUGCCUAGCUUAAAAGUUCAAAGUCGCAGUCUUCCUUUAGCAGACGAUGCUUGGAAGAAUGAAAGAGACAAUGUUAUUGACUGGUUGCUUCAAGAGAAAAUAAGAGAGAACGAAGAGAGAAAUGGAAAUUUACACGGUCACAUUGUCAGGGUGAACGAAGCUCACCAACAAAGUCGAAUGGAAGACGCGGAUGAGGUUCCACUGGAAGAGCAGAUCACGACUGUCAAUGAAGAUGCUAACAAACAACCGGGAUGUCAACUGUUCGAGGGAGACUUGUGUCUAGAUCCUGAGGACCAGGCUGUUGUCAGUCACAUGAUACAUGAGGAAGACUUGAAGAGGAAUGUGAUUCGAAACAGCAAAAAGCUUUGGCCGCAAAAAACUGUCUACUAUUAUGUCGAUCACAAUUUGCAACAUUUGCGCCCAAAAAUCAAUGACGCAAUCAAUAGACUGGAAGUUAAGACGUGCUUGACUUUUCGUGAGGUUGGCUUGUCUUAUGGAGGAGAUUACAUCAAGAUGCACAAAGGAAAUGGAUGCUUUUCAAAGAUGGGCCGGGUAGGUGGCGCUCAAUUACUCUCCCUAGGGAGUGGAUGUGGGUACGUUGGUGUCAUUAUGCAUGAGCUCAUGCACUCAAUCGGGAUCUGGCAUGAGCAAAGCAGAAUGGACAGAGAUAAGUACGUGGAAGUUCUAUGGAGCAACAUCGAACCAGGGAAAGAGAAUAAUUUCCUUAAAUACGAACAUGGCAAGUUGGAUACGCUGAAUCUACCUUACGACUAUGACUCCAUUAUGCAUUACGACAGAUAUUUGUAUUCAGUUGAUGGUAAGAGACCUACCAUCAUCGCCAGAGGAAAAGCGUGGAAGAAACUUGGCGGACAACUGAGAGGAACUUUGACAGGGAAUGAUAUCAAAGAGAUAAGGGCAUUAUAUAAUUGUUAAAGAUUGGCAACUGAAGACAACUAAGUCUUACACAGAACUGUUACCAUCAAGAAGCAGACACAUUGUAAAGACCCUGGAACACGUGCACGUGGUGCAAGUUGCCAUAAGUUGUCGGAUCGGGAUAACUUUAAUUUGAAACCAUUGUAUUCAAGAAUACAACGAGCUAGUACGAUUCACCUGUAAGUUUAAAAUUCCACCAAUAAUGCGUAAUAAUGAAAAGAAAUAAAUGAUUAUUUGAGUGAA